CAGAUACUACAGAGCACCCCAAUACGUUUUCAGUUAAUAUGACAUCCGAACAAGACACAUAUACGCCCACAGACUUAUUGAUUCGGGAACAUGGAAAGCGAUGCACGACGCACACUUUACUGACUAAAGAUGGGUAUGAAUUAACAUUACAUCGUUUAAUAAACCCCAUUGGUUUACGAGGUAUGAAGCAGACGAUUUUGAUGCAUCAUGGCCUUCUUGGGAGCUCUGCCGACUGGAUACUACUCGGCCCGGAGAAAUCACUUCCGUAUUAUCUUUCCACACUAGGAUACGAUGUUUGGUUUGCUAACGCCAGAGGUAACCGGUACUCUCAGAGACACCAGAACACUAUGCUAAAUUCAACGAAAUAUUAUGACUUCAGUUGGCAAGAAAUAGGUCUGUAUGAUCUACCGGCUAUCAUAGACUACGUGAGACGUCAAACUAACGAACCUUUAAAUUUUAUAGGGCAUUCUAUGGGCGCAACGGCUCUUCUAGUAUUAUUGUCAUCAGUACCCAAGUAUAACGAUUUCUUAAGGAUGGCUAUCUUACUAGGGCCCUUAGUAUAUAUGAAAAAUAUAAAAGGGCCUCUACGAAUAAUUUCUUUGAUGACUGAACCGCCACUGGAAGAUUUUUUCAAAAUUUUAGGAAACGGUGCUUUUGUUCCAUCAAGAAAGUUACCCGAUAAUUUAUUGAAAAGAUUUUGUUUGAAUGAAGUGUUAUUAUGUGGUAAUCCACUAUUUUUUAUGUCUGGUGUUCCACGUAAUCACACACAGUGGUCUGAGUACUUCACAAAAUUGUUAUUCCAACAUAUUCCAGCUGGAGGUUCAACCAAAACGUUUUUACAUUACGCUCAAUUAGUGAAAAGUGGCAAAUUUCACAAAUUCGGUGAAGUUGACCAAGAGUUUCCAUUGAAAGAAGUGACUACACCUGUCGCACUAAUAAGCUCAAGUGACGACUGGCUUGCCAGCAUUCCAGACCUUGUGAGAUUGUAUAUAAAUAUCUUUAAUCCUAUUGAACAUUAUAUAAUUCGAGACAGAAAUAUAUCGCAUACAGACUUUGUCUGGGGACCGAAUGCGAACAAAUUGGUGUUUCCAAAAGUAAUAGAAUUGUUACAAACUACUUCACAAGUCGUCGGCAAACAAGCAAAUGACGUGUAA